CAUAGGACUUCAGAGCUAUACGAAGCUUGAAAGGAAAUGUGGAUAGACAAAAAAAAAAUGUCGUCCGAUUAGUAAAUCAGGACUCAUGUGGUCUACUCUUACUUUCAAAAAUGUUUGGUCGCAGUAAAAAAUACAAAUAUCUACUAAUUACUUCAGACCAUUUCGUGAACUCUACAAGUCCACAUCCACAACACCGCAUUCGAAAGACAUACCUACCUACAAUAUCCACGUCAUUGUCCUCUGUCUUAUUAACAACAAUAUUAAAUUGCGGUCGCCAUGGUCGACGAUUUCGUUGUUAUUCUGUGAUUUCGCCUCAUAUGCAGCACCGGAUUGGGAAGAAAUUACUUACCGGGCUGUCCACCUAGACCGGCCCAAGUUCCUAAACAAUUUUUUUCUUAACCUAUCAAAUUUUAUUAGUAUAUAACAAGAUUUAAUUUAUAGACCCUUAAUGUAAAUACAAGUACUACUAUUUCUUUCUCUAAUUUUAAAUCAAACAUUUAAACAUUAGGUACAGUGGAACCUCGAUAACUCGAAUCGGUUGGGGGCGAAAAAAAAAUUCGAGUUAUCGAAAAUUCGACUUAUAGAAGUUCGAGUUAUCGAGGUUCCACUGUAUUAUGUUUUUUUAUUAGCUUAUAGCUGUCAUUAUAUCAAGAUAACGAUUUUUAUCAUAGAUUACAUAUUUACAUUUUAGAAUCACAUUUUUGUCUUUUGAUGUAAAAUAAACUAUAUGGAUAAGAUAUUUCCACUGAUUCAAAAUAUCAUCAAACCGGCCCAAAUCUUUCGAAUUUCUAACGGCCCACCGGGUUUUGCCCGGUAGCCCGCCGGCUCAAUCCGGGCCUGCUCAUAUGUCUCUUUUUAUGGAACCGCCGCUGGGGUGACAAAACCUCGGGGAGUAGUUAGAUUCCUUCAAUGGUUACACUGUUAUUAAAAAUUAUUCGCAGCGUCAGCGAUCGUUGCCGCCGUUCGUUUGACUUCAAUUAUUUAAUAAUUAUUUAUUAUUUCUUAUCGGAUUUGGAGACAAAACGUCGAGCAGUUAUAAUAAUAAUAAUAAUAUUAUUGUAGAAUUUUUUAUUGACACAGACUAUUGUUCAAAACACCAGUUAAACGUUAAACAUCCUAUCGUUCAUUGGUUCGAUUGCGGAUUUUUAUUUUCAACCGAAUACCUAUUGUACCUACAAUAUGAAGAGCUUACAAUCUGCCAUGGCCAAACUAUCCACUGGAAAUACUACGUCUGCUCAGUCUUCGACAGUAGACAAGCCGUAUGAUAUCUUUAUGAAAUGGUGUUCAAAAAACAACUUGAAACCACAGUACAAAAUAACCGGUAUACAAGAUCAAAAUGUAAAAUUUGAAAUAAGAGUACCAAAUUAUACCUACAUAGGUAUUGGAAAUGCAAAAACUGAAGAAAUUGCUCGAAACAAAGCAUUAGAAGAUAUCAUAUUAUAUUUAGCACAUCGAAAUAAAAUACCAGCUAAAUCAAAGGAAAAAAAUAAAGUAAAGAAUGAUAACUCUGUAAUAGAUUCAGCUAAAAUUAAAAAGCUAAAUAGUUUGAAACCAGUUGAUAGUGGUAAUUGGACAAUCGAUACUGCUUAUAAGAGAUUAAAAGAAUUUGUUAAAUCUAAUGAUAAAGCAAAUUUUAAGAUAAAUAUUGAAACUACUAAAAGGAAUUUUGUUGUUUGUAUGUCAAUAUUUAUUGAAGAACUGAAUAAAACCAUUUCUACAAGAGAAACUGGAAAAUCAAAGAAAAAAGUAAUACAACAAUGCGAACUUACUUUAGUCAAUAAUCUAUGUACAUUAGGGCUAAUUGAACGUUACUCAAGUGAUUGUGUGAAAAAAGAUAGAUUGAAUUAUAUCUAUAAUUUUUUUGAUGUUGUCAAUGUUAAUGAAAAACUGGUGAAGGAUAUAUAUAAUUUAUUGGAAGAUCUUAAUAUUAAACCAAUGAUUGAUAAAUACCAAGAUUGUGCUGAUAUUUUAAAUAAUACAACAUUGCUUCUUGACAAAGUUAUUGAACCUUAUGAAUCAUUAAAUCAAUUUAAUGCUUCUAAAGUGAUACUAUGGUGCCCUCCUUCAUCAAACUGGAAUCCGUGGUUAGCUGUUAAGAUUUGUAAUCCUAAAUCUUUAUCUGAGAUAAGUACUAAGAUGAAAAAAAAAUUUAAUGAGAAAAAACAUUCACUUAAAUUUCAAAAAAAAAUAAAAGACCGAUCUAAUUUACCAAUAUUUAAAAAAAAGGAUGCUAUUUUGGAUAUAAUUAGAGACAACUCUGUAUUUAUUGUACAUGGUGGUACUGGUUGUGGAAAAACCACUCAGGUUUGUCAAUUCAUACUUGAUGAAUUUAUUCACCAAAAUAAAGGAGCAUAUUGUAAUAUUAUCUGCACUCAACCAAAAAAGGUAUCAGCAAUCUCUAUUGCAAAUCGAGUGAGUUCUGAAAGAGCUGAAGUUAUUGGGAAAAGUGUUGGAUAUACAGUUAGAUUUGAUAGUAUAGUACCACAGUCUUUUGGAGCAAUUCUAUUUUGUACAGUUGAAAUUUUGAUCCGGAAAUUAAAGAGUGGUUUGUUUGGAAUAUCACACAUUAUUGUGGAUGAGAUACAUGAACGCCAUGCUAGCUGUGAACUCUUGUUAAUAAUUUUGAAGGACAUGGUCCAAAAAUAUCAAGAUCUUAAAGUUAUUCUCAUGUCUGCAAAUGCUAAUUUAGAUAUAUUCAGUAAAUAUUUCAACAACUGUCCAAUUAUUGAUGUGGAAGGAAAUUGCUAUCCCGUAAAAGAUUUUUUCUUAGAAGAUAUUGUUCAAAUGUUAAACUAUAAACCAUCCUUAGAAGAAAUCAAGAAUAAAAAAAAAAUAAAAAAAGAAAACCUAGUUAAUUGUAAUUUAUUAGUUUCUGAUAAUUAUCCUAGAGCAGUUAGAGAAGUAGUUGCAAAAAUCAGUGAAGAUAGUCAACAUUUUAAAAUUAUUGAAUUGCUGUUGCAAUAUAUUGAAAAUAACUUUAAAAAAAUAGGUGCUGUCUUGAUAUUUUUACCUGGAUGGGCUUGGAUUUCAGAACUCAAUAAUUAUUUAUUACAGAAUGAAAUAAUUGCUCAAAAUUGUUGCAUUUUGCUUCUUCAUUCAUCAUUAUCUCACGCAGAACAACAUAAAGUAUUUAAGCCUGUUCCGCUUGGAAAACGUAAAGUUAUUUUGUCUACAAACAUUGCUGAAACAUCAAUUACUAUUGAUGAUGUUGUAUUUGUUAUUGAUUAUGGAAAAUCUAAGAUAGUAAAAUGUAUUAAUAAUGUAACUAAAUUCGAGACAGUUUGGGCAUCCAAAGUCAAUGUGGUACAAAGAAGAGGACGUGCUGGUCGUGUUCAAGAGGGUAUCUGUUUUAAUUUAUACACAAAGGAACGAUACAAUAAAAUGGAUGAUAAUAUAUCGCCAGAACUAAACCAUUGUUCUUUGAAUAAAAUUGCAUUGACUAUAAAAUUGUUAAAUUUGGGUGAUAUUUAUUCAUUUUUAAAAAAAGCUAUAGAUGCGCCACCUGCUAAAUCUGUUAAUCACGUUAUUGAUAUGCUGAAAGAAAUUAAGUGUCUUGAUAGAAAUGGAAACCUCACGGCUCUUGGAUUUAUUUUGGCAGAUUUACCUGUAGAACCACAGCUUGGAAGAAUGAUGAUUCUGGGCAAUAUACUAUUGCUUGGUGAAUCAUUGAGUAUAAUAGCCGCUGGUUCUUCAAUUAAUUAUGAUUUAUUCUUGGAUGAUUAUGGUGAAAAUACUACAAAGCAUUAUUAUUCUGGCAAUCGUUGUUCAGAUCAGUUAGCUUUUUUAAAUGCAUUUAUGCAGAGUGAAUCAACAUAUUGUGGUUAUUAUACAGAUGGUAUUGAUGCUUAUGGAGAAAAUGAGUUAUCUACUUCUGUGUUAAAAGCAACACACAAUAUAAAAGAGCAAAUAAUCAAUAAGUUUCUGAAAUUUGGUUUUCCUAAACGUUGUUUUGAAACAAAAUAUUUUGAUUUUGGUAAAACUGGAAUUUCUGAUGAUUUACAGUUAGAUAUGCUCUCAGCACUCCUCGUAAUGGCAUUUUAUCCUAAUAUUUAUGUUCAUAGGGAAAAGUGUAAGGUAAAUUUAAAAUCAAAAGAGUUUGCUGUUGUUUGUAAAUCUUCUGUAAAUAGCCCUGUAGUGAGAUCAAGUAAUCAAUUUCAGUUACCAUAUUUUGUAUUUGAACAACAAAUAAAUGUUGUGUGUAUGAACUCGAGCAUGGUAAGUCCUUUACACAUUUUAUUGUUUGGUGCGCAGAAAGUUGAUUAUAUCGAUGGUUCUAUUGUAUUGGAUGAAUGGAUACAUCUAAAAAUGGAUGUUAAAGUUGCGGCUGCGAUUGUUGCCUUACGACCAGCGAUUGAAGAUUUAAUCAUGAGAACUGCUGAACAUCCAAAAUUGAUAAUAAAACCUACUAAAACUGAUACUAAGCUAAUUAAAAUUUUAAGAGAGUUAUGUAAUUUUAACGCAGGAAGAAAUGAUUUACCCCCUAUAACAUUUGAUACUUGCGAGGAUAAAAAGAAGAAUAAUGAAACCAAACAAAAAUGA